AUGUCUUGCCCACAGGAUCGCACCGAACCAUUGAUGGCCAGCUCGCACAGCUUGUCGACGAUCGCUGGAACCAAACGCAAAGCGCAAGAUAUAGCGCGCGAUCACGUCGUCCAAUCUACAUCCGCUUGGUCCAAUACACGAUCCCAUCACGCCGACGAUUGGCCUUCACAGCGCUACUGUGCCUCGCCCACUGGUUCUGUUGAACUUGGCGCGCCUGUAACGUCACGCCCCAGUCUCGUGCUGGCGCAACAUAGCCAAGAUGACGAACCGCGACACACCCACCAGGAUGAUACCGUUGCGGCCGGAGUCAAUCACUCUGCCAACAUCUCGCCAACCGCGAGUGCUUCAGCGAAAUCCCCAGCCAGGCGUUGUCGUUCUACUUUGAGCUGCACAGAGUGCCGGAAAUGCAAGAUCAAAUGCGAUCGCAAUGUUCCGCGAUGCUCCAGCUGUGUCCGUCGCGGCGUGCCGUACUUGUGUCGAUGGGGCGACGCACGUGAUGAUUUGCACGAAAUGCAGCACCCACACUCGCCCAUGGCGGUCGCCUCUCACUCUCGAUCCAGCAAACCUGCUUCUCCACAUCCCAAUCCCAACGCCCAUGUCUCGACGCCUAAUCACGACGCUCCGGUUGAACACGCGCACACCGUCACCAGCUCAGAUUCGAUCAGCAGUCGCAAUAGUUUGCAUGCGCGCGUUAAACGUAUCGAAGCUAGCCUCGCCUCGGACGCAGCUGUAAGGCCUCAGUCUGGCGCGUCAUUACCACGGUCUAGCAGUUUAGAUAGUCGCACGCGUGGUCUAGCGCUGCUUCCCAAGUCGUCGGUGCUGCGCUCCCUUGUUGACUUCUACUUUGUCCACGUUGAGCCGGGCAUCGAUGUUCUCCCUUCGCAAUCGUCGUUUCUUCGUCAGAUUCAGCCGCUCAUCACGCGCUCGCAGCAUGUCAAGGCAGCGCUCGGCCUCUCCGACACCAAUAUGUUGGCUACUAUCAAGGCUCUGCCCGCCAAGCCAGAAAGCCAUCCUGCCAUCGAGAAAGUCGACCAGUCAGGCGCAACUGACGAGACGGGCAUCACCGCCACCCCCACCACCACCACCACCACCACCACCACCGUCGCUUUGUCCGGCGCGUCUAGUAUUGCCGACGAUGCUACUCGCAGCUCAAACGUGCAAAACGACCAUCUGUGGCAAGAAAUCGACCUGAUCGCCUUGUUGCUCGUCCUUCUACAGGGCGCCUUUGAGCAUCUCACCAUCAAAGAGCUUCAGCGUUACGGGCUUGACGUUGAGAAUCAGGCCGAACUUGAUCGUGCCUCUCAAGUGUAUUGCGAUGCCGCGCUCGACCUUGUGCGUUUGGACUCGCGAUUAGAAACGCCUACGCUCACCUUUCUCCAAGUCGUUGUAAGCAUGCGCCAUUACUACCUUCAUCGCGGUCGACACCGCACCUACGCCACAUUCAACACCAUGGCGAUUCGACUUGCAAUCCAACUCGGCCUUCACCGUCUCGGCAGCCUCGGGCAGGAUCUUGCCAACACGGAACUGCUCGAGCAAGCCAACACAGCACCGACAUUGCCAGCCGCAUCAUCGUCCACUUCGACGCAGCAUGCAUCCAACCUGUGGGGGCUCUUCCUUCCAUCCACGCAGCGCAGACGUUGGCUCGAUGCGUCGUACGCCAAGUUUGCUCCUCACGAUCUUGUGUUGCGUGAACUAGGUCGUAAGGUAUGGAACGUCCUCGUCUGCAUGGACUGGUUCCAAGCCUCUCAUUACGACGGCUACUACUCGGUACAUCCGGGUUCCUUCACUACAGCUCAUCCAAUCAAUCUUUCCCAGAAACACAUCGAGUCUGCUCUCAUGUCUGGCACGCUGCCUCGACCUUUUCCGCAAGAUCAUCCGACCGAGUCGUCAUUCCUUCCAAUCCUCAGCUCGAUCGCCCAAUGCUCGCUCGAAAUGGCUGAUGCAGCCAACAAGGGUAGGUCUAGCUAUGCCGAUCUUUGCGUCAUCGAAGCUCAGUUGCGCACCAUUCUCGAUCAACUCCCGCGCUUCUAUCGCCUGGAUGGUCACUGCGAGAAUCUGGGCGAGGUGCAAGCAUUCCACCGACAAGUACCACGUCUCACUUUUCAAAGGCUCUUGAUCAACGAGACGAUCCACCAUCGCAUCCUCAAGAUCCAUCGGCUCUAUCUUUUGGUUGGGCUUCAAUCUGAAGCUUUUCAACCGAGCGCCAAGGCUUGCAUUUCUAGCUCGUUGCGCCUUGUCGAACUGGUAGACAUGGCAGAUGCUCGAUCCUGGCCUGGGCUACGCUAUUGGCACCUCAAGCUGCAUCUCGCCGACGCGCUUUCCAACCUUGCGGUGGUACUCAUUCAUCGAGCUGGCCAGCCAGAGACGGACGAGACUCGUCACUAUCGCUCGUGUCUGAAUCGCGGUGUUCAGAUUCUGCGUAGUGGCAUCAUGACUGCUUAUCUUAGCGCCAGCAUUCAGGUGAUCCGCGCCUUGGCCAGAGCCGAGCUCUCACAACGGCGUCGCAACAACGAUCAUGUGUCAAGCCGCCAUCCGCUCGUCACUGCCGCCGACGAUGAUGACCAAGCAGCAUGCAACAAUCGCGAAGACUUGGACCAAGUGAGUGCACGCAUUGGCUUGAUGGCCGACACGCACAAAGAGGAGGAUGGCGACAGCAGCUCGAUUACAAGAGCAUUGAUUGCCGAUGCCACUACCACUCGUUCCUCCACCACGUUUGUAUCAGGAGCUAUCGAAGCUUCGGGUGGUCACACACAGCCCGCGACGACUGCUUCGGCUUUGUCAUCAGACGAGGUGUCGCAUUAUUCGUCUCCGGUGCAAAUUGAUCUCGACAACUUUGUGUCGAGGGUGAUGCCCGGAAACACAUUUGGAUUCUGGCAGCCGACUUCGGCCGCCGAUACGUCGCUGGCGGAGCAUACAAUGGCUGGGCCUGCAGAAAUAAUGGCAGAGGAUAGUGGUGCCAACUGGUCGAAUCUCACAUACCCAGUUGAUUGGACUGAGGUUUUGGCUCAAAUCACCUCAUCCACGGCUCAAAGACUCUCGGACCCAGUUGGCCGCCAACGCCCUUUUCACUAG